AGAGAAAAGUAGCGGCUGACGUAGUUUCAAAAUGUCGUCCGAUCGCAACGUCUGCGUUGGUUCUCGGGUGUCGGAUCGUCAAAAGGAGCUUCUGCUGGCUUUUGUGAAAGAGCACCCACAGAUCGCGAGGCUGUCGUGCCCGCUGGAGCCGUCGUUCACGAGGGAGGACCGGGACGACAUGUGGCAGGAGCUAGUAGCGCUUUUGAACGAAGAAGUCCCUGCGCGUAACACCAGGGCCCAGUGGCAGGCCCGAUGGAGGAAUGAGCGCUACUAUUCGCAGCAGGGUCUUGCCAAACUCCGAGGGCAGCAGAGCAGCACCCGAGGCGGCCAGAUUUCGGAUUACCGCGGCCGCAUCGUGCUUGACAGGGACGAGUGUGCGAGGCCCAUAGUUCGGGUGGUCUGAAUCGGUAAGCACUGGCUUAGAAUAUCAUUGUUACUUGUAUGCUGCGAACAAGUGGGCUCGUUUGCU